AUGGUCCAUCUGAGACAGAGUUAUGGGAGCUGGCAACACGGCUUGCGGGGGAUGCAAACGGGACGCAGGCGGAGGAUGAAGCUCGAGGGAGUUGCUUGUCUUGGUUCCGAAAAUGCCGUCUCACGAGACCAAGAAAGUAGAAUUCCUCUUUCAGUGAUCCCUAUGCAGACAGCUAUAUUUGCCGACAGCUAUUACGAUCUACUGGUACAGUAA